AUGAAUUUGUUGUCUUCUGCUAAAGUUAAAAAUGCACAUCCGCUACCGGGUACCGUCGAAUUGUUGAAGAAUUUUGCAGAAGAUGACGGAUGCAAGUCAAAUAAAGGCACCUCCAUUAGUGUUGAGGAAGCACUCAGCCGGUACCACCGACUGGUUCAUUCCCAAACCUUUCCGAAAAAUGGUGCUUUCGAUGGUCAACUAUUUGGGACACUUGCCCUAUACAAACAUGAUUCCGCUGUAAUUUCUCUUUAUAAAAACAUGGAUUCCUCCCCAAUACGAUCCAAUGUGGUUACACUAAACAUCUUAAUGAACAGUUUCUGUGGGUUGAAUCGGCCAGAUUUGGGCUUUUCUGUCUUAGGGAUCAUCAUCAAACUUCGUUUGGAGUCAAAAAUUGUCACAUUGACUCCCCUACUUAAGGGGCUCUGCAAGGUGGAUAAAAUUACAGAGGCCAAAGAGUUAUUCCGAAAGAUAAUCGGGAAAGGGUACCCUUGUGAUAAAAUCACAUACUUAACCAUGAUCAAUGGUCUCUACAAGACGGGAAACACUUGUGAGGCUCUUGAAAUAGUUGGCGAGAUGGUCCUCAAUGGUAAAUGUAACCCUAGUGUUACCACAUAUAAUGCAAUCAUUCAUGCCUUUUGCAAAGAAGGAAUGAUAAAUCCGGCCCUGAACCUAUUCUAUAAUAUGCUCAGGAAACACUUCCUUCUAGAUGCUGGCGACGCUUACAAUAUUUUGAUUGAUGGGUUUUGCAACUUAGGUCUAUGGAAAGAAGCUGCAAAUUUUAUUCAUGAAAUGUUGAACUAUGGAUUUUCACCCUGUGACCCCACCUGUGAAGUUAUCAUAGUUGGUCUUUGCAGAGAUGGAAAGCUUGUUGAAGCACAGAAGUUGGUGGAACUCGCGCUUCAAAUGGGACAAAAGCCUGAUGUUUUCUUCUUUACCCCUUUGAUUCAAUGCCUAUCUGAUUCUGGACAAUAUGAAGAAGCCAUUAUAUUGCUAAAUAAAAUGUUGGGACUAGGACUCUCUCCUGAAGUGUCGAAUUUCAACAUUAUAAUAGAUGCUCUUUGCAACGACGGAAGGAUUACUGAAGCACACAAGUUGUUUGAAUUGAUGCUUCAAAGAGGAUGCAAGCCUAAUGUGGUCACUUUCAUCUCUUUAAUUCAUGGCUUAUGCAAUGCUGGCCAAUGUGAAGAAGCCAUUGGGUUGCUAAAGAAAAUGUUGGAACUAGGAGUCUGUCCUGAUGUUUUGACUUUCAAGAUUCUGAUAUAUGGUCUUGGCAAAAACGGAAGGACUGCCGAAGCACAUAAGUUGCGUGAAAUGUUACUUCAAAGAGAACUUAAGCUUGAUGUUGUCACUGUCAGAAAAAAGGGGAUUUUGAAGCCUUCCUCUCCAAAGGCGUUGUCUGUAAAUCGUCAGAUCAGUGAUCGGUUAUUUAGCUUUAGUGAGAGGAAUAAUAGAAUUGUGGCACCUAAUGCUCUGCAGCUAACAUCAGGGUUCCAUCCUGUUGACGUUACAAUCCCUUUGCUAGAUUCCAGCAGCAAUUCGGAUCCGGUCUUGGGCUUGGCCCUGCCUCAGGAACCUGUCGAUGGAAUUGCUCAUGCUUUCAUCAAAUCGCUUUUUAAAGCUUCAGCAGCUCUUUACAAAACAGAUCCAUGGAAGAGAUUGAGACCUCGACAUUUGUUUUUGGUGUCCAUGUUGGCAAAGACACCGACUGGACCGAAAAUUACGGACUCCAGUGAAAAUAAGCGAACAGAGCCAUCCGCGAAACCAAACGCGAGAAACAUAUUUGAUGGCGUGAGACGUCGGUGA